CGCGUUCUCUUCAUGACAUUUGACAUUGACAUCAUAUUCCCUGUUUUAUCAAAAAAAUUCUGUUUUGCUUGAUGAUGGCGGACGAUAAAGAUGUGGCCGAAAAAACUAUUGCGGAGGACUUGGUUGUUACCAAGUAUAAAAUGGCAGGAGAAAUUGUUAAUAGAGUCCUGAAGCAAGUCAUUGAUAAAUGUGUGUCUGGGGCUUCUGUAAGGGAAAUUUGUCAGUUUGGUGAUCAGCUAUUGACAGAAGAAACAAGCAAAGUGUUCAAAAAGGAGAAGGAACUCAAGAAGGGGAUUGCUUUUCCUACUUGCAUAUCUGUAAAUAAUUGUAUCUGCCAUUUUUCUCCUGUCCCAACGGAACCAGACUAUACUCUCAAAGAUGAGGAUGUAACUAAGGUAGAUUUGGGAGCCCACAUCGAUGGGUUCAUCGCAGUCGUCGCCCACACGAUCGUCAUAGGCGCAUCUAGCGAAAAUAAGGUAACAGGAAGGCGGGCCGAUGUUGUUCUUGCCGCCCAUUACGCUUCUCAGGCCGCCCUUCGACUGAUUAAGGCUGGAAACGAAACGUACGCGGUCACCGACGCCGUACAGAAGGUAGCGGAGGCUUACAAGUGCAAACCUGUGGAGGGUAUGUUGAGUCAUCAGCUGAAACAGUUCAAGAUCGACGGCGAGAAGACGAUUAUUCAAAAUCCCACUGACGCACAGAAGAAAGAGCAUGAGAAAUUCGAAUUUGACAAAUAUGAGGUUUACGCUAUGGACGUUCUCAUAAGCACGGGGGAGGGCGUAGGCAAAGAAACUGAAACGAGAGUGUCAGUCUACAAGAAGACCGAUGAGAUGUACCAACUCAAACUUAAGGCUUCAAGGACUUUCUAUACGGAAGUGAGGCAGAAGCAUGGUAACAUGCCCUUCAAUUUGAGAUCAUUUCAAGACGAGACGAAGGCCAAGAUGGGAGUAGUCGAAUGCGUGAAGAACAAGUUGAUUGAACCCUUCCAAGUUUUGUAUGACAAAUCAGGUGAAUUUGUGGCUCAAUUCAAGUUUACAGUGCUACUUAUGCCUAACGGACCCCAUAAAAUAACUGGUUUACCGUUUGAAACGGAACUGUUCCAAUCUGAAAACUCAAUAACAUCUCCAGAGCUCAAGACGAUCCUCAACAGUUCCGCGAAUCCCAAGGCGGCCAAGAAAAAGAAGAAGAAAGCGGAAACAGCGGAACAGCCCACCGAAGCCGAGGCCGCGGCAUGAUGAAACUCCGCCAAGGGUAAAUUUGGCAGCAACUGGAGGAAGUAUUUAAAAAAUAAAAAAUCUUGUACAGAAAACUGCGAAUUUCUCGAAGGAGUUAUCGGAACGUUGGACAACAACGUUCGGAAAUACAGUAAACUUCUUCCCAAUUAGUCAAAUCUAUUCCUUGUUUCCUCACCACCAUUUUUCAUCCACAACUCGUCCUCUUUUUUUCUGAAUAAAAUAUCUUAUUUUUUAUACGAAAUGGUUACAAUUUUUCGUCAGAACCUUUUUACAUAGUGCAUAAAUCGUCAAAUUUCAUGAUUAUUUUAAAAUUCGACAUUGAUAAAAUCUUUAAAAUACACAAAAGAGUUGAGAUUGUUGUGUAGAAAUAGUGAAUAAAAUAUUUGGUAUUUUC